AUGUUGACCCCAAUAUUCUGGCCCAAACACACCACUUCACUAUUCCCAACAGCCCAUCUUCCGGACCUUCCACCCGAUCCAAUACUCCUUCGUCUAUACCUAUACCUGACCCUACUUCCCUUACACCUUCAUCGUAACCCACAUCUCCGAGAGGACGAAGAUCAGUUGGUGAAUCAGUGUUUAAACAUGGCGGCAGCUCGUUCAAUCUUUGUUGGACUCGUCCGGAAUUACAGCAGACAAAUGAGGACUACUGGUUCACUGAGGUUCUUGUCUUCUUCGUCUUCGUCUUCAACGGCUUCCAAAUUGGAAAUACUAUACGACGAAUCACCGAUUUCGGCAGCCGAAGAUGAAUCCGACUGCGGUUCAGGUGGCGGUGAUGAUCUAAAGAGCAGAAUUUUCCGGCUGAGACUCCCGAAACGUAGCGCAACCAAUGUUAUUGAGAAAUGGAUCAACGAAGGCCAUCGAAUUUCAAGCUACGAUCUCCGUCAUAUAUCAAAAGAACUUCGUAAAUCUCAUCGUUACAAGCAUGCUCUUGAGUUGUCAGAAUGGAUGGUUUCCCAUAGCGAGUAUGAAUUAUCUGAUUCAGACUAUGCAAUCCGCAUCGACUUAUUGACCAAAGUGUUUAGCAUAGAUGCUGCUGAACGCUAUUUUGAAGGUUUACCUCCAAAUGCCAAAACAACAGAAUCCUACACUGCUCUUCUCCAUUCAUAUGCUGCAUCAAAACAAACCACAAAAGCAGAAGAACUCUAUGAAAAGAUGAAAGAAUCCGGACUAAAACUAACUCCCAUAACAUACAACGAACUAAUGACACUAUACAUGUCAGUUGGGGAGGUCGAAAAGGUCUUUUCCAUCAUCAAAGAACUCAAAACCCAGAACGUGUCACCCGAUAUAUACACUUACAAUCUCUGGAUAAGUUCAUGUGCUUCUUGUUUAAAGAUUGAUGAAGUUAGAAACAUUCUUGAUGAAAUGAGUAGUUCCCAUGAGGAUGGAAAGAGUGAGAUUUGGGUAAGAUAUGUGAAUCUUGUGAAGAUUUAUCUUUCAUCUGGGCAUCUUGUGAAUUCGGAUUCUAACUCUGUGGUGGAAAGUGAGAAGGGGAAUAAGAUUAUUACACAAAGGGAAUGGAUAACUUAUGAUUUUCUUAUUGUGUUGCAUUGUGCUUUGGGGAAUAAGGAUACACUUGAUCAAAUAUGGAGGUCUUUGAGAAUGACAAAUCAGAAAAUGAUUGGUAGAAACUAUGGUUGUAUGCUUUCUGCAUAUUUGAUGUUAGGGUGUUUGAAGGAGGUGGGAGAAGUUAUUCAUCAAUGGAAGACAUCUGCUACAACAGAUUUUGAUGUUUCUGUAUGUGAGAGGGUUUUUAAAGGGUUUAAGGAAGUUGGGUUGAUUGAAAAGGCAGAAACUUUUCAUAAAUUGCUAUCUGAAUGA